AGGGUCUCUCCACUAUCGUAAUUUGUAAAAAGAAAAGAAAAUAGCAGAACAGGUAAAAAAGCAUAUUUCAUAGUUUUCUGAUGCUCAGGAAGAGCGCUCGCCUGUGCCAAGGCAUCCAGCCGGAGCUCCAUCGUUACUCCCAAGCAACAUUUCAUGAAGGCACGCAUCGCCAGGCUCCCGGCGAUUCAACACCGUGGCGCGAUGUUUCCUCGCCAAUUAACAGGUUUCGUGCCUGGUGGCUUGCCCCUGCGGCGAAAGGCAGCGUAAUUGCUGCUUGGUGCUUAACUUUUGUUGUGGGUGCUUACUGCUUUAGUAUUCAGCAAGACGCAAAGGGCACGUAUUUGCUAAACAAUGUUCUCCUCCGCAAUUUGCACGAAGAGUCUCAACGCGCAAACGCAAAUGAGGAGCGUGCUGGGGAGCUGCAAGAGGCCAUCCGGCAGUACCUUUCCAGGGAGACGGGCCGCAAGAGUAACUUGUCGAAGCUGAACGAGUACGUUACCUCCAGUGAAGAGUUAAAAUCCGGAAUUGUGAACUACGAACUUGAGCUAGCACGCGAACGAGGCAGAGCCGAUGCUCUUCAUGAACGUAACCAGGACCUUGUGAAGGAACUAAUGAGUGUGCGUCAAGAGAUUGCACAGAUUCGGAAGGACAACGCUACCUUAGUGGGUGAAGUUGAAACGUUGCAGCGACUAUUGAAGCGUACCAACCAGUAA